UCAAGUCUUCGCCUCAGGUUGUGUUUGUGGACUGACGCAAUAGCACAAGUCACUCUUUUAAAAUGCUCUCACACAAGUGCCAUUUCAUCUGGUUUCUUAUCUGUGUGAAAGGUGUGUUUGGUGAUGAUGGAUUUAAGUCGGUGUUAGUGAUGGAGGGAGAUUCUGUCACUCUACACACUGAUGUUACUGAAAUACAGAUAAAGGAUCAGAUAUUGUGGAUGUUUGGACCUCAAGAGACUCGUAUAGCUGAAAUCUAUAAGCAGAACAUUGAUAUGUUUGAUAGUCAUGAGAUAUUUGGAGACAGACUGCAGCUGGACGGACAGACUGGAUCUCUCACCAUCCGAAACAUCCAAAUCACAAACUCUGGACUUUAUAAAGUAAUGAUCAUCAGUGGAGAAACUUCAUACAAGAGACUCAAUCUUACUGUCUAUGCUCGUCUCCCGAUUCCCGUCAUCAUCAUCAGAGACUCUUCUCAAUGUUCUUCAAGCUGUAAAUGUGUGUUGGUGUGUUCAGUGGUGAAUGUGACACACGUGACUCUCUCCUGGUACAAAGGAAACAGUUUAUUGUCCUCCAUCAGUGUGUCUGAUCUCAACAGCAGUCUCUCUCUACCUCUGGAGGUGGAAUAUCAGGAGAACAACAUCUACAGUUGUGUAGUGUCCAAUUCAUUCACCAACCUGACCAAACAUCUCAACAUUGCUCAACUUUGCUCAGACUCUGUCGUCAUUCAUUCUGAGAGUGUGACCCCUUCAUUGAUUUAUGCUCUGCUGGGCAUGACUGCUGUCAGUGUACUUGUGUACUACAUAAGAUCCAAAAGAGUGCAACAGGAGGUGAAGACACCGGCUACGUUCAGAAUGGCACACUAAUAUACCACUCAUACUACUGCUACAGUACUUGCACUGUUAAUGGAAUUAAUUCUGAAUUGAUUUCCAAGUUAAGAACUGGCCAUCACUCUGUCCAAUUUGAGGACACGUGACAACAAUGCAUGAAACAAUUUAGUGUACUAUUGUAUGAAAUAUAUAGCCAGUCCUCUGUCAGAACAUCACUGAUAUUUGUUCUCUUAUGUGGACACAAGGAGGCAGUAACUCAUAAUUGUUCAAUAAUUCCCACUUUGGUUUCAUGGACAGUUCACAGUUUAAAUA